UUUUUUAAUGUGUAUAAGAUGCAUGUCCAGAUAAAGGUGCUACAACUGACCAACUUUAAAAAUAAUGAUAUGUGAAGAUAAACUAAAUCAUGAAUAGUGAUGUGCCUUUAAAACUGUUUCAUGGGAGUAAAACAUCCAGACACAACAGAAUGCAACAACAGAUGUAUCGGAAGCUCAAAAUCAGAAACUGAAAUCUGCCCAUGUGGAGUGUCACCAGAGAAUGCUGACCAUCUCCUCCAAAACUGCUCUCUUUACCAAGAGGCUGUACAUGACACUGGCCCCAAAACACCCCAAUAGAAAGAAAACUAUAUGGAGAGUUCCCUGAUUUGGAAACCACUGCGAAAAUAAUCUCAUAUACUGGUCCAGUCAUCUGAAUGCUCCAAUAAAAAAAUGAGAAGGAAGAAGAAAGAAGAUUGGAAGCAACAUGGCUAUCAAAAAGCAGAGACGAUACAAACCUCAUUAGAUGGAGAGUUUUAUUUUGUUGGUAAAGUCCUUGGUUUUGAGCCAGCAGAGAAACAUAGAAAGGGCCGUACACAUAUAUGUAAAAUACAUGCUAGAUCUAUGAGUGUAGAGAAAGAUAUUCAUUAUGAGCUGCUGGCUAGAUUAUGCCCAAACAGUACAGGAGCGGAAAUUCGUAGUGUUGGCACAAAAGCUGGAAUGUUUGCUAUUAGGGUUCAUAGGAAGAUGGCUACAGAGAAAGAUUUUCUGGAAGCAGUAAAUAAAGUCAUCAAAGCCUACGCCAAAUCUAGUGCAACUCCUUGCUACAUGACUUACAAUGAAAUCAAUAGUAGCUUGAUAGAAAUGGCUACUAGAGAAUCAGUACAUACUUGUGUUUACUCACUGAUCUGAUUUUAAACUUAAGUGAAUCAUCGUUUGUAUUCAUGAUGUUUUAUUCAACUUAUUAAAUCAUGGUAUCUUUCUUAUUAAA